CGUAAACUCGUAACAAGUUUGUGUACUCGUGUAUACAUAUACAGCUAAAUAGCGGGUCUAGCUCGCCGCGCAGUGCGCCAAAAUAACACGAGAAAAACAUCGCGCGGACGGCUGUGAGCUCAUCAGCAGUUUGUUGUUUUGGGUAUAGAGCUGCGUUUAUUGGUAUAUGUAUAUACUGAAGUGGUAGAGCGACGAUUUAUUUUUAACAACAAAUACUUGUUGCGGUUGCGAAUGAAUUAACUGCUUCUUUUGUAUUAAUCGAACGCCUCGAUAAGAUACACAAAUUUAACAUGCAGCAACGGACACACACUUAUUUACACACUCUCAUAGACUUUGGACUCGACGGCGGAUUAUUCGAUAGAAAAGUGCGCGCGAUGCAUCGUUGUACGUAUGUAUGUAUACAUUUGUUAUACAGCCGACGUGCAUGCAAUCGUAUCGUCUCGAGAGCGAUUAACGCUUUGUCGCAUGGCGAUAAUUGCCAUAACACAUCUUCACGAGGAAUUCCGCAGUCCCCUGAUUGCGUUUGCGAUCGAAAACGUAAUAAGCGGUCGUACUUGUGAACUUUUCAAGGUUGCCUCGAUGUCGCGCGCCAACGCUCGCUAGCGAGCUUGCUUCUAUCGUCGGGAGAGUAUUACUAUACGUACGAUUCUUGGCAGCAGCCAUGCUCGCCUCGUCGUUAAAAACAACAACAACAACAACAACAAACUGACCUGCACUAUGAGCCUCGGGAUGCGCCGCCGGACUCACCGCGUCUCGCAUAAGUACGUGUGUAGGCUGUAGCGUGCCGCGUGCUGUUUGCGAGGCUGCUCGCGCCGAGUCGGGACGAAUAGGUACUUUACAUCACCAGAGCGAAAGUCGAAGGUUCGGCUCUUGCGAUUCGUCGAGAGCUGUUUCGGGAGCGAUCGCGCGAUCUUCCAGCGACACAUUUUCCCUCCUUCUUCGACUCGCUGCGUAUAAUUAUGUCAGCUCGCUCAGAUAUUGGCUGUAAUGCUCGCGCGCUAUAUUAUAUAUAUAUAUAUACAAUGAGAAAAAGACGGGGAAAUCGUCUAAAUAAUAAUUUAUCUACGUGUCUAACACACACCGCCCCGCGGAAUCUCGAAAAACAAAGUGCCCACGGUCACGCGAUAACACGUGCCGCGCGUGCGCUUUGUAAUUGUAUACCUAUAUAUACACAUGCGUGAUACAUCGCAGCUAUGGCUAUGUAGCUAAUGCGUCGCGACGUAAACAGCAGCAGUCAUCAGCAGUCAGCACCAGUAGCUAGGGCCUUACAAACUGCCGAACGGGAACGGCCACUUUUUCUGGCUUUUUUUUUUUCCGAAAAUGUUAUGUGUUAUGGCAUCGACGCCCUAUAUGCAGCUAUAGGUCGGAAAACAUGAAGUCAGAUAUUAAAUUAUCGCGCUGUAGCCUACACAUAAUAAUUGUCGACACGGAUAAUCGAUCACUCGUUAUUGAGAUGGCCAGAUGAGAUAUCAUAGCUAUGUGUACCGCGACGAUUAGCCCAAAUCGAUCAAUCUGCGUAGGCGGGAGCCUGAGUCCGGCGGGAUAAGCGGCGCACAAGGCGAAGCGUAUAAGAGAAAGAUAAGUCGGCGAUUAUAUUCGGAAUAAAUAGCGCGUGGCCGGCCACGCUCGCCCGCAGCCCAGCCCGAGCACGCGUUUGCUUCGCUAUUAGCAGGUGCUGAGUACUUGGUCGUAUAUAGUCGUUAUAACUGCAGUCGAGAGUCAAUCGAGGGAUGCUCGCGUACAGGCUCUUGUUGCCGGUGCUGCUGCUCGCGCUGGCGGCCGCCGGCGGCCCGCCCCGGACGACUCUCGCCCACAUCAGCCGGCAACUGAACAUCCAACCCGGCGGCGACCUUGCGCCGACCCAUCAGAAGGCGAUCAUUCACCAGGUCAACAUCGAUGAGCUCAUCGACGAGAACAUAGGAGCCAUCCGGGAGGCGCUCUUCGAGCUCGACCCGACCGACCUGGUGGACGUCAAGUUUCCCGUGACACCCCACAUAUACAUGGAUCUCCACACUGGGUGGCUGCAAAAUUUGUCGCUGCUCAAACGGGCUGGCCGAUCCGCGCUCACCUACACCAACAGGCUGAUCACCGCCGAUCUGACUCUCGGAUGGGACGAGAUCGCGUUCGACUACCGAUACCUGCUCAGAGUCUUGCUCAUCACCAGACAAGGAGACUUGCACGGCCAGUUAUCUCAGCUGAAGGUUAACGUCGUCAUCGACGUCGAUCUGGACAGCUACCAAGUCACUCUGAGACGUUUGAGCUUGAAUCAGUCGGGAAAAGUCACCAUCUCGCUCGAGGGCCACAUACUCGACAAAAUUUAUAAUCUUGUGCUCAAAGCUCUGACGAAGGUCUGCAAGCAGCUCAUCAUGAACACUAUCCAGUCCAAGGCGUCGAAUAUCGUUCAAAGCAAAAUGGACGAGAUUAACGAAAAAAUAGGCAAGAAUCACAACGUUGUGUUUACGUUUGUCAAUCUAGUCGAGGCAGAGCCCGUACCCGCGAUCGUCUACGAGGAUUAAUAAAACUUUGCUACAAUUAAUAUGCGCAAAUAUCCUACUCGCGUAUGCUUUUUGUAUGUACUUUAAUUUUGAAUAAAUUGCACUUACGCUCA